UUGGUGCUUCGUUCAGGUCAAAUUUAUCAUCUGCAGGCUCAGUAUAUAUGUGCUGAAUUGGCAGCUAAUGGGAGUCGCUUAUCGUAUCGCAAGAGUCCCAGCGGUAAAAAGAUAGCACAUGUCAAUCUUCGAGAUAUUUCAUCUUCACAACUUGUCUACGCGAUCAAUGGCAUUACUAAAGACAAUGUGAUCAUAACCGCUGGGGAUGUGUUCAAGUUUCUGAACACCACUCUGCAGAGCUAUCCAAAUUCUUCGAUAUGGCCUGAACAGACUGGAACGGCGAAGGGGACGUUGGAAGAAUCGGCACCCAACUGGAGAGUAGGAAAAUCUUCAGCGCCUGUCGUGCUAGCUUCUGGAGAAAAAAUCAACGUGGAUCAGGUCACCUAUCUCAAACCUGGCAAGAAUUCGCGGUGCAACCCUGUAGGAACCCUAUAUCGCGUUGGA